GAAAACUAUUAUUUCAAUAAAAAAAUUAUAUUAUUUAGAAAAAUUGCAGAAAGGAAUUUAGGGUUCUCUGAGAAAGGGACUGAGAAGACAUUCACGAAGGUGUCGUUUUCCUUCAACCACCAACAUCAUCAAUUUCAGCAUCGUCGUCGAUUCUUCGAGAAGCUACAAGGUGUUUCACAACGGAGACUAAACCAAGGAUGGAAGAAACACAACCAGUAUUUAUAGAUUUAACUGAAGCAUUCACAACUGAUCAAAUUUUUGAGUCACGAGAAGCUGUCGUAUCAUGGGCAAGAGAGGUCGGCCGACAAAAUCGAGUAACAGUUAUCAUUACUCGAUCUGAUGUAGAUACCGGAAAGAGAGGAAGGAAGUCAAAAUUAAUUUUUGGUUGUGAUAGAGGUGGAAAAUAUAAGUCAAAUAAAAAUAACAAAGGUACUUCAACUAAAAGGUGUGAUUGUCCGUUUAAACUUAGGUCGAGACCAUUGAAAAAUGUUGAAGGAUGGAUUAUUAGUUUAAUAUGUGGACUUCACAACCAUGAGUUAGUAGAUACUUUUGAGAAUAAUGCAUUUACGAGACGCUUAAAAGAAGAAGAUAAGAAACAUGUUGACGAGCUGACAAAAUAUCACGUUGCACCGAGGCACAUCUUGUCAUCUUUGAGAGAUCGAGAUACAAAUAAUGUGGCUAAUAUCUAUCAAAUUUACAAGCGACGAAGUACAUACAUGAAGAAUUUGAAAGGACCUAUAAUUGAUAUGCAACAUUUGUUGAAGUUACUUGAAGUUGAGAAGUAUACUUGUUGGAGUAGGACUCAUGGAGACUCCAACGUUGUGAAGGACAUAUUUUGGACACACUCAGAUUUCAUAACUUUGUUGAACAUAUUUCCUCUUGUAUUGAUUAUGGAUAGUACCUACAAAACCAACAAGUAUAGGUUACCAUUGUUUGAAAUUGUUGGUGUAACUUCAACUGGGUUGACAUUUAAUGUUGCAUUUGCUUAUAUGGAUUCUGAACGUCAAGACAACUUUUGUUGGACAUUAGAGAAGUUAAAAGAGUUGUUUGUUUCAAACACUUCAUUUCCUCAGGUGAUCGUGACUGACAGAAAACUUGUUUUAAUGAAUGCAAUUGAAAUUGUAUUUCCAUCUUCAACAAAUUUACUUUGUCAACUUCAUAUUAACAAAAAUGUUGGAGCCAAAUGCAAACAAUAUAUAUUAAAGAAAGAUAUGCAAGAACCCAUUCUUGAGUUGUGGAGGAAAAUUGUUUAUUGUUCUGAAGAGAAGGAGUACGAGAAACUUUUGCAAAUGUUUGAGCAAACAUGUGUCGAUAAUAUUAUUUUUUUUGACUACGUCAGAGACACAUGGUUGAAUCCUUAUAAGGAAAGAUUUGUUGAAGCAUGGACCAAUCGAGUAUUGCAUCUAGGAAAUACUACGACUAAUAGGAUUAAGUCUGCUCAUUGGUCAUUGAAUAAAUUUUUGGAACAUAGUAAAGGAGAUUUCUGUAAGGCAUGGAAUGAUAUGAAUGACAUGUUGAAGUUCCAAAUUAUUAAGAUCAAAGGUUCAUUUGAGAUAAGUAAGGGUCGCAAAGAGCAUAUAUACAACAAUCCAUUCUAUGAGAAAUUGAUUUGGGUUGUAUCCAAGAAAACCUUAACUGAUAUUGUUCAUGAAUACAAUAGAGUUAGCUAUGUCGGUAACGACAAAGGUGCGUGUUGUUGUAUACUUAGAAACACUCAUGGAUUACCUUGUGCAUGUGAGUUGGCACGAUACAAGCUGGAAGGUGUUCCAAUCCCAUUAGAUGUUGUUCAUAUACAUUGGAGGAAAUUAACCAUGAAUACUGAUCAAGAGGAAGAAAAGUUGGCAAAUGAUUCAGAGUUGGACAUUACAUCGGAGAUGAAUAAAAUUUGGAAAACAUGGAAAACACUUAAUGUUGCUGGAAGAAUGACAUUAAAGAGCAAGUUGCAUGAAAUAGCAUAUCCAGAGACAAUAUCAAUGUGUGCACCACUGGAUAAGAUCAAAACAAAAUGUGGUGUUAAGAGGAAAAAAGGCAAUAGGCUGAAGGAAUUUGACGUAUAUCGCGACCCUUCAUACUUUGAGCAUGUUGAUACUCAAGUCUCCCAGCAAGCAUCCAAACAACACUCUCAGCAAGCACCUAUGACGAGUCAAGUUAGAAAAUAUUUUGACGAGUUUCCUCCUUUAAUUCAUCCAUAUAUUGAAGACAUAGUUAAUGUUAAAGCAGAUGGAAACUGUGGAUAUCGUGCUAUUGCUGCUUUACUUGGUCAUAGUGAAGAAUACUGGAGCAUUGUGCGUCAACAGUUGUAUACAGAGAUUAAGUCCAAACCUGAUUUAUAUGAUGUAUUAUUCAAGGAACGUUUGCAAGAAGUGACAGACUCUUUACUCGUAACUGAGUUUGAAAACCAAGCUAACGAGAAGUGGAUGAGCAUUCCUGAUAUGGGUUACGUGAUAGCAACAAAAUAUAAUCUCGUGCUUGUUACUUUGGGAAAAACUUUUUGUUUGACUUUUUUCCCAUUGAGGGGUGCACACAAUGGAGACAUGUCACGUGAUCGUGUUAUCAGCAUUGGUUUUGUUAAUGAAAGUCAUUGGGUUCAAGUUAAAUUGAAAUUUGCAUGUCCGUUACCUCCACUUGCAUGGCAUUGGAAGAAGUACCGUAGUGAUGAGUCUACAUCAUGGGCUAUAGCUUAUACAAGACGUCUACAACAUUGGGGUUCAUUAGAUUUAGAAAAUAUAUCAGAUUAUAUGUCUUUGGCAGAUGAUUGACAUUUUUUAUUUAUAUGUUGUUUUCAAAUGUAACAAGAUUCAUUCAAUAUAUAUGUUUU